ACAGAUAAAAACCUCGAGAACGCGCAGGAGGCCGCGGAGCAGUUCAAGCUCAUCCAGGCAGCGUACGACGUGCUCAGUGACCCCCAGGAGCGAGCCUGGUAUGAUAAUCACAGGGAGGCUCUGCUGAAAGGAGGAGUUGAUGGAGACUAUCAAGAUGAUAGUUUAGAUCUGCUGCGCUAUUUCACUGUUAGCUGUUACUCUGGAUAUGGAGAUGACGAAAAGGGAUUCUUUACAGUCUAUCGACAAGUUUUUGAAAAGAUUGCAAAAGAAGAAAUGGAAUAUAUGACCCAGGAAGAUACUGAAGAAUUCCCUAUGUUUGGAUGUUCCAACAGUGACUAUGAUACGGUAGUCCACCCUUUCUAUGCAUACUGGCAGAGUUUCUGUACUCAGAAAAACUUUGCUUGGAAAGAAGAAUAUGACACACGACAAGCCUCAAACCGCUGGGAGAAACGAGCUAUGGAAAAAGAGAACAAGAAAACGAGAGAGAAAGCAAGGAAAGAGAGGAAUGAACUGGUCCGUCAGCUCGUAGCCUUUAUUCGUAAAAGGGACAAAAGAGUACAGGCUCACAGAAAACUUGUUGAAGAACAAAAUGCAGAAAAAACUAGGAAAGCAGAGGAAUUUCGGAGGCAGCAGAAGCUCAAACAGGCCAAGCUUGCUGAGCAGUAUAAAGAGCAGAGCUGGAUAACUAUGUCUGAUCUGGAGAGAGAGUUGCAAGAGAUGGAGGCACAAUAUGAAAAAGAAUUUGGAGAUGGAUCAGAUGGUGAAGGUGAACUGGAAGAACUGGAGACAAAAGGCAUUGAAGACAAACUGAGUGAUGAGACUGAAGAAGCUGAAUUUGUUGAUGGUCUGUACUGCCCUGCUUGUGACAAACUGUUAAAAACUGAGAAAGCCAUGAAGAAUCACGAAAAAUCAAAGAAGCAUCGAGAGAUGGUAUCACUGUUACGACAGCAACUGGAAGAAGAAGAAGGGAAAUUUCCUGUGUCUUUGGAUGAUGCAAACAGAAUAUAUACCAAAGAGGAGGAAGAAACAGAAGACAUGCCAAAACAGAAACUCUCGAAGAAGCAGAGGAAGAAACAGAAAACAAUGAUGGCUUACGAGGACUCUUUGGAUAAAAGUGCUGAUGAAGAAACAGUUGAACAGAAGGAGGCACCCAGCGUGGACAAGGACAGUGGCUCUGCAGAGGAUCUGGUCAAUGAUGGCCAAAGGUGUGCUGUGUCAGAGGAUGCAAGUGCGACAGAAGAUGUCAGCCAAGUGAACGAAGCAAACAGCAGUACUAAGCCUAAAGGUAAAAAAGCCAAGGAUGCAAAAAGGUCUGCUAAGGCGUCUUCAGAGCACCCAGCAAUGAAUGAAGUUCCCAUCCACUGUGUAACCUGCAACUGCGUGUUUCCAUCCCGAAAUAAACUGUUUGAACACCUAAAAGCCACAGGACAUGCAAAAGCAACACAAGCACCAGCUGUAAAUGGAGCUGUGAACACCAGAAACAAAAAAGAGAAACGUAAAAACAGAUAG